ACUGGGGAAAAAGUUAGGCUAAUUCGAGACAAGAUUCAUACUCUUUUCAUGCAUCUUUGAUGUGAACACAUAAAUCCGAGGAACGUUUCUGAAACUUUAUAGAAAUAAUUAAAAUCUCUCUGUAAACAUUGGAAUUGCACUGAAAUGUUACUGCCUCGCAUGACUGCCAUAAAGCUAUACAGAAAAGCAUGUGUGCAAUUUUAAAUUAAACUACAAAAUAUUCAAGCUGGAAGGACAGGGAGGAAAACCUAUCUGUGGUAAGAUAAAUAAGAACAGGAUAAAGGAUCUCUAGAAUACUAAAAUUCAUUUGUCAUUGAUCUUAUAACUUGGUAACACUUUACUGUACCCUUAACGUUAGGGAAAUCCACUUUCACUGAAAGAUUCUUUUGAUACCAGGUUGUGGAGCUAAGUAAAGAAAGAAAAAAAAAAAAGUAUGUUGGCUUUUAAGUCUAUAAGAUUUUACUCUGUGAGUUUUGUGUCAUUUCAUAACUAUAUGUCCACAUAGUGAGCCAAAAUAGUCUGUCAUCUUACUUUGUAAAAUGGAAAGUUGCUCUGCUGCAGCCUUUCAUUUAAAGCUUUCUUUCCCUCACUGCCUAGGAACUGACAAAUGCUACAAGGUUGUGUGUGUUGCAUCACGUGGUACAAUAUUGAAAUCUUUCCUAAUACCGCAGUACACUGCAGUAAAAUGGUUUUAAUGCAGAUUACCUGGAGAUUAUUCAAACGGUUCAUGUUGCCUCACUGUAACAUGAAGCAAAUCAGCGUGAUCCCCCGGCAACACGCUGCCCUGCUGCAGAGCAUCACUGCAGUGUAUGGAUGGAGCAGGAAACUUUUUUGACACCUUUCACUCUGCACUGAUUUAUUGUUUCAGAAUGGGAUGGUAGAGGAAAUAUAGCACAGCGGUGACUGCAUGCUAAAUUGAAGAGAACUGGGAAGAAAUAGUUAUUUUCACAUUGUUCUCUGGUAACGGUGCAUAGAAAACAUUUCACAGGCAAAUCUCUAAUGUUAGCUUGUUAGUUUAAGGUUUAUAGCUUUUCCCUUCUAAGACUUAGAGCUCAUUGGUGUCUUGAGGAUAAUAUUUUGCCAAAAGGAUAUAAUAAAUUCCAUGACAACUGCUUGCUUUUUUUUUUUUUUUUUCCUCCAAAUGCAAAAGAGAGUACAGUUUAGUACAAGAAAUGCUGAUGUGUGAUUUUUCAGAGAGCUACUGCUCCAGGCUUCUGUGUCAACUGUCUCGCAUGUAUACCAAACUGCUGCUAUGGCUUUCUUUAUAUUUGUUACUGCUCUGUGCUUGUUAAAUACUGCAGGGUUUGGUAGUGUGGUUAAAAUACUUCCAUGGCAAAUAAACUUUAAGUUGCUGAAGUUAUAGUUUGCUUAUUUCACAUUAAAAAUAUGUGGGUAGAUUUUUCUUUUCCCCCACAAACAGUAAUAAAAGAGAAAUUAAAAGAAGUUUUUAUAUGUAUAGUAUUUUUAAUCUAAGCUUCUUUACAGAAUGUUUUUCAGGGAACUUUUCAUAAAUCUUAAGGAUGAUAAACAGAGAAAAGGAAUGAAGAGAGAAGGUUAAAACAAAACUUCUCAGCUGAGAUUUGACCUCAGAAGGAGAAUUCCGGAGGUGAAGCUAUUUCAGAGAAGAGGAAGUAAAAGAAGAUUCAGGCCUUGCGGAUCUCGUCUUGCAAUUAUAAGACUCCUUGUAUCAGUGGGCUGAAAGAAGAAGGUCACAUGCUAGAUCUGGUGAUGUGGACAUAAGAAUAGGAGAUGAUAUAUGAUACCAUUUCAGAAGAGUUGCUGAGUAAGUGAGAGGGCGGUGUCUGUGUAACAGGAAAAUCACUUAACAAUGAAAAAAUUCACACUGUUUGAUUUUGUAAAUGAUAAUUCAUUACAAAUUGGAGAGACUUCAUGGAUACAGAACCUUCCCAGUGAUGACAAUGAACUAGAAAGACUUCUGAAACCAAAUGAGCACGUGCUAGUAAACUGGCCUGUGGGAGACAGAAAGACAGAGAAGCAUCUGGUGAAAGUUGUGUAUAUGAGUGAUGACCCCCAAGAGCUGGUGGAAAUGAUGCAAAAGAUAUUACGAGCAGAUGAAAUUACAAAAAUACAAGUCCUUGGAAAAAGCAAGAGGAAGAGAAUAGAAAUGAUAUUCUCAGAAAGUGAGGACAGUGACCUGGAUAAAGAACAGGGAAAGAUGAUGAAGCAUAUAAAAAGAAAGAAAUCAUUGCAGGCAUCUGCUCCUGCCACCAUCCUGAGUCAACUUGAAACAUCUUUAAUUAACAAACAGAUAGCACGGUUUUAUUUUUUUCAGAGAGAAUCGUAUUCAGGAAGCAAUUUUCUGUACAGUGAAAGUAGCAGUGAUGAUGAAGAGCCUUUAUUUCAACUAUCCAAGGUAGAACUGUGUGCCAAAAUAAAAAGUCUCAAGAGGAAACUGACAGACACCAUGAGAGAAAACUGCCGCCUAAGGCAGUCCCUGGUGAUGCUUCAAGUAUUGCCACAGGCAGUCACCCAUUUUGAGGAACUGGUAGGGAUGGCUGAAGCACUGCUUAAAGGGGGAGUGACAUCAUCUACAUCCAGUCUGCAUUCACAUGCUGUUUGGAAGGCAUCUAACAAUCCAUUAGCAGAUUCAUAUGCAGCUAUGCACAGUAACUCCAGCUCACCAAUAACUUUGAAUGCAGAAGAUGAGGAGCAACAGACAGAAAAACAGUUCAAGAUCGAAAAGUGGCAGAUUGCACUUUGUAACAAGAGCAAACCUCAAAAGUUUAUAAAUGACUUGAUGCAAGCACUUUAUACACAUGAAUACAUGGCUACACACAGCCUGACAGGUGCAAAGUCCUCCUCUUCAAAGGAUAAAGCGGCAAAACCAGCUAUGAAUCAGAAUGAAGUUCAGGAAAUCAUAGGAAUCACAAAACAGUUGUUUCCAAACACAGAUGAUGCUUUAAUUAGGAGAAUGAUGGGACAAAAACUGAACAAUUGCACCAAGAAGCCAAUUUUAAGCAAAGAUCUUAACUCAGGUGCUUUUCAGAAGCAUAGCUUUUGUGGUUCAGCAGCUGCUCCUCAGGGCAUCAUCUCUUCGACUGUUCCUCCCAGUACACAAGACCAGCAGAAUGACGAUUCACCAGCUGCUAACGCACAAAUUCAGCGAAAUGACAGCCAUCUGACUCCUCCACCUCCUACCCCACAAGGUCAACAGCAGUGUUUCAAGCCCACUUCUUCUAAGAUGGAUUGUCAUCUUGCCAGAAACUCACCAGCACCCUCUCCCAACCAAGGUUGCAGACAGGAUCUCAGGAAUUCAGACAAGGAAUAACAGAAGGUAUUUCAUACCAGUUCAAAUUCUCAACAGAAAUUAAGAAGUAGUAUAAAAUAAAAAAUAAAUAAUAUCUAAAUAGGCCUAGCAACAGUAGACAGAGAUACUGCAAGCACACUAGAAAUCUGAAAACCAUUUUCUCAAAUAAAUGAAAAUCCCACAGCCUAGAAAAAAAUGAAGGCAUACUAAUAUAUUUGGCUUUAAGAUAUUAUUGAACAUAUGCAUGUUAUGCAGUAAUUAAAAAAAUAUGAACUUGUUCUGAAGAAUAUAAGUAAAGUUCCCCUUAGUUGGAAAAAAAAUUCAAGUAAUACCAAAAGAGCAUAUAAGAGGAACCUUAAUCCCCUUGCUUUCACCUUGACAGCUGAUGGAAAACCGCUUUGCCGAUCAGAGAAAGCUAUUGCAUAUUAAUACAAAAAAGAUAUAGAGAUAUGAAAACAGAAAAAUUUCCUAGUGAAAUGAAGACUAUGGCCAGCACAGUGUUAGAAAGCACAGGACCACAUGAGGAGAGAAGAAGAAAUAAAAUAGAUAUUUAAGGAUGCUGUUAACUUGGAAAGAAGAAAACAUUCUUAGGGCAAUAAAACUGCAGCUCUCAAGAUGUCUGCAGGAAAGAAGUAGCUCAUUUUGAACCUCUGAAAGUUAGAAAGGCAGUGAAAGAAGCCAUGUUCCCUCUCAGCUCAGGGAAGAGUCCUCCAGGGAAGAGUCCUCCAGGAUAGCCUGUUUGUGGAGGCUGUGGCUUCUCUCGCAGGCAUUCUGCUGCUGGUAUUCUUUGGCAGCUCUCACUCUCUCCUCUUCCUUGAACAUCAGAUCCAUAGGAUAAGGGUACCUGAUCCCUCCAGUCAAGAAAUAGAGGACAAUCUCUUGAAAGCAACUAGUAACGGGCAGAGGUGCUAGCCUCUACUCCCUGUGUUUUGAUUUUGGUAUGCUACCUCUUGCUUGGAGAGAGGUUGGACAGGUAGAGCAUUCCUCAUGGGAUAGAAAAAUCCCAGUAACUGAGCAGUUCCUCCUCAGAUCUGACACCACUUGUCCCAGGGAGCAGCUGGCAGUCUCACACCCUGUAAUUCCCUGAGGAGGAGGAGGGAAGGUACAUGUUUUUCCUCGCAGACUGAUUCCAAGUUUACAGUGUGCAGGUAGCAUGGGAAGGGGAGAACAUUUGGAUUAUAGUUUUUGUGCUUGAGUGGACUUCUUUCCAGAACAGAGAAUACCAAUAGUUAAAUCUAUUUCUUAUGUGGCAAAUAAGCAACUAAGGAAUCGAGGUGAAAAAAACCCAAAACACCACAACAUGAAGUUGAAGAAAUCUAGCUUGAUU